AUGCCUAAAAGAGCCCGCAUACCACCGAAGAAGAUGAGAAUGUGUGAACCAGAACCCGUCUCACUCAAAGAUGACCAGGAUGUCACUGUCUCAAGCCAUUCAAACCACCUCUGCACAGCCAAACCCAAAUUCUGUGGAGCGCAGUGCCAUUCACCCUCCACCUACCAGGUCAUCUCCACCUCCUGGGCCACAGCACCAGCCUACAACAAACUUCUCAUCUCCACCUCUUGGGCCACAGCACCAGCCUACACAGAACUUCUCAUCUCCACCACCUCCUGGGCUACAGCACCAGCCUACACCAAACUUCUCAUCUCCACCUCUUGGGCCACAGCACCAGCCUACACCGAACUUCUCAUCUCCACCACCUCCUGGGCUACAGCACCAGCCUACACCAAACUUCUCAUCUUCACCUCCCGGCCAGAGCUCCAGCCUCUAUCCACCCAGCCUCUUGACUUCUCGUGUCCACCCAUUCCACCGCCAAUAACACUUCGCUACAGCUGUCCUCAGUAUCCACAGCCUCACAUUGGGCAGCGCAUGCCUCCAGACCAAUUGCAACAGCUGCCUGUUUUGGUGGAUUUGGAUCAACAAUGGAAAUCAACAACCCUAAAUAACCUAACAGCCAAAGAAAGCUUUCUUAGAAUGAUGUACAGUCCCACUGUUCCUAAAAGUUCAUCUACUGUUCAUACUGAGGAGAGUCAGCCUAGUACGUCUGAGUACGAGAGUUCUUCCUCAAGCUCAGGAUCAUCUGCAGACACUUAUAUCAUUGAACGUGAUCCACUACCAGAAUAUGGAGAACCAUGUGUGCAAAUUGAAUCAAGAGAAGGCAGAGCUUGGAAGCCAUGCAAUGCAUGUCAGGCUGAGGUGGCAAAAUUAAUGGAGGCAAAGGGAAAAUUGGAGGAGGUGCUGUGUAGUAUCAGUGCUGAACAACUUGAGGGAUUACAGGGCUUUCUGAAUAAAGUUGAAAAGAUACAUCUUCAAGCUGGUGUCGUGCCUACAAAAAGUCAAUCAGGGAAACAACAGCUGUACCAAGGUUGUGGCCUCUUCCUGUCAUCUACUCGGUUGGCUGCAAUCCAUGCGGAAGCAAGAAAGGACUGCCUUCGACUAUUUCAUCUGCUUUUUGAUGAAUUCUUCACUGUUGAGGAGUGCCAAAAUGCUCUGGCAUUUGGAAAACAUGGGAAGGUGCCAGAAGGGAAAGCAGUCCUGGACAAGUCCAAAGUUGAUGGGAUUCUUAGUAAGUACAUUAGUAAUUUUGUAGAUCAUUGUUGUGUUGUAGAUCUCUGUGUGUUUAUUCACAGUUGGACUUUUUCAUGAUUGGUUUUACAACA